GGCGCCGCCGAGGCCAAAGAAGUCGCCGCGGGAGGCCAGACACAUCCGGCCAAGGACAAGACCAAGGUGCCCAUGGAGGCUGCCGUCUGGACCAAGAUGCGACCUGCAAUGCGCGCCCUGGCCGACAUUGCGGACACGUGGGAGCGAUUUGGCAACGCCUUGUCUCCAACGCCGCCGUUCCCCAAGCAUGUCGGCCGCGUUAGACUUGCCGGCAUUCUGGCUCCCCUUCUUCUGGUCUCCCUCUUCACCACAUCAUACCUGUUCACCAAGGGCAUGACCUUUGGCGUCGGCUUCGGUUUCUUUGGCGACCCAAUUAUCCAACGGGGUCUCGCACUGCUCAACAGGAAGUUCCCACACUGGCAGAAGCUCCUUGAGCUCCGCAAUACAGUACUCAAGGGCAUCCCGACCAAUGCUCAGCUCACCCUUACGCUCCAUCGCAUCGGCGAGGCCAACAAGGCCCCUCUCCCGCCACCUCCGCGCGUCACCGAAGGUCCUCCUGAUCGUCCCGCCGAGAUCACAAAUGAUGAGCUCAGAGCCACCGGCGCGGAGCCUCCCUUGAAUGCCACGGACGCCGAAAUCGAAGAGGCCAUGGCACACGACCCGACUGUUGCCUAUGAGACGGGCGGCGACGACAUAGACGCAGCCAAGGACAAGAAACACGGCAAGAAGGGCGCCAAGCUUGUCAACUUCUUCAAGAGCUCGACCAAGGGCGCUGUCAAGGCGGUUAUUGGCGCGGACCACGUGCGCGCCAAGACGGGCUCGCACCACGCCAAGGACCGCCUGGGCGUCGUGCCCUCGCCUCAUAAGGUUUUCACGUCGGGUCCAGUGGACUUCAAGGCUCGCUACAAGGGGCAAAAGGGCCAUGUGUACAUUUCGAGCAAGGCGACGAUCCCGUGCGUGGCGUUCAGCACCGAUGUGACCAUUGAGAAGAUUGGGUCUGUCGAUCGCGAGGACCUUCACCCGCUCUGGAGUAUACCGAUUGGCGACAUUGCGGGGCUGAAGAAGCUGGGUGGUUAUGGCUGGAAGGCGAAGCUGGUGGUGGGCUGGUCGCUGGGCAGAGAGGUUAAUGAUGGUCUGGAGAUUGAGGACCGCCUGGGAAAUGUGUGGCGUAUCACGGCCAUUCCGCUGCGCGAUGAACUUUUCAACCGGCUGAUUGCCAUGGGCGGGCAGAAGUGGGAGGCGUGGUAAGGCGUUUUGGUUUUAUGACGGGCAGCAAGCCGAGGUGCAGAUUGUGCGGCAGUAAGAAGACUGUAGCUGGGGUACACGAGCUAUGGGUGAAUUACAUACAAAAGCAAAUGAAUAAUACCUACAUUGAACUGCG